GUCUCGUUUAGUUUUUGGACGAAACUUGGCCUCUCUAAUGCAAAUGUAUACCCUCUUUUGUUCUCUCCAAGUUGCCCCUUUCUGAAUGUCAUAGGCCAUUAUAAGUACCAGAGACCAAACACAGUAUGAGUUGUACGGAUUGUACAGGCCAUGCCGGCGGUACUUUUGUCUUGUCUAUUAACGUCACAUCCGCAUAGGUGCAAUGGCCACUUACUUUGGCGUUCUAGACACAAAGGACACAGUCAAGUUACUUUGGCUUUGUGUCUCGUCUUUGGCCCUCCCCCUGCAACUUAAAUACCCCUGCCUCCAUUCUAGUGAUGCCACCAUUACCUCCCCCCGUUCUCUCGACUUCACGGCUCGAAUUGCUCAUAUCCUUCACCCUUACUCAUAUAUAAGCUAUACGCUACAGAAUGCUUUCUCUUGAACCCAUAGACUACAUGAAGUCGCCAGAAGCUGUCAAGACAUUGACGGAAUUGGUUCAACCGAGUUCCUGGAAUCACUACUUCUUCUCGGCCCGUAUCAUAGUUUCUAACCCCAGACUGACCUGGUACAUCUCCUCACCUGAAUCCCUGCGAGACUUCUACACCCAUGUCUUCGCUCAUCGCGACGCCUGGCCCCUCGACUUAGCCAACCCCAAGCCGUUGGGCAGGAUGACGAUGCUGCUGCAUUACAAUGGCCGGAGUGAGCCUGAGGAUGCAGCAGACAUCGACUCGGUAGAGCAGAUGAGGGGUGUUGAGGAGUUAUUUGAAGAGUUGGGCAAGUGGGGUGUCGGCGGGGGGUAUGUCACUCCGAGUAUGAUUGACGAUGUGAAAGGCAAGGCAAGGGCUCGAGACGAGAAUGAAGAGCCAGCUGCGUUGGACCCUCUCGAGUUCAGCCAUAUCACACUCUACGCGUUUCCCAAGGUCGCGUUGAGGGCGUACAAGGGUGGCAAGAUCGCCAAAGCUCUCGCAUUUGUCGCUUGUAACCAAAUUUCCUCUCUAGGGUGCCAAGUCAACGACUCGACUCAAUUUGCGGGGGAUGCACGGGCAUCCGAAGACGGCUCUCGAGAUGACGCUUCAACGAUCUACGAGGACUGUAACUCGGAAUUGUACCAUACUCCUGCCACAGAGGACUUCCCCACUCUUACGAACACGUUCCUUGGUCUCUCGCUCAACGAUCCUACGGACUUGAAUCUGGCGACCUUCGGAGAUUACAACUUGUCAACCGCUCCUUCCAUCACCCCUCUCACGCGCGAGCUUGGACCCCCUCUUGAUCCUGUCCCACCUUUCAACGAUAUUUUGGAUCUGCCUGUAUACAGGAACAUUGUCCCUCUGCCGAUGCUCGACACCCCACCGAGGAACACUAUGCCUGGUACUUUCGAGGUGGACUCCAGCCUGGGAGAAGAUGAAGACCACGAAGACGAGGUUCCGAGGAACACGACCUCUUUUAGCGUGCCUUCUACCAACUCACCCGACGCGUCCACAGCUUCGACUUCUGACCCUUCAACUCCUUCCACUUCUACUAUGGCGACUUCUAAUGGCUCUUCAAUUUCCAGCGUUGAUGUUGCUGCUGCUGAUAGUGCCAACUUGGACGACGAGGUUCCCCGGCCUAUGGUUUGUGCCGGGUUUUAUCCUCCUAGGCGAAACGCUGUGGUCCUGGGAUUAGGCUGCGAUAUCCCCAUUCCUAGGUCUUCCUCUGUCUCACCUGACCGUCGAUCUGAGGACAAGAAACCGUCAACCUCGGUUCCGAGCACGCUUCCUCCUCAUCUUCUCCUAAUCGCUGCCCCUCUCCAAUCUCCUUCGGAUGCCAUCCCUCCACAGAUCCUCCCGCACAUCAAGAAAUUGGAAAUACAGUCUGGAGGAGUUGAAUUAUCUAAUAACUUGAAGCUUCUCUCUCAGGAAGGAAACCAAAUUGAAGAACUCGUUCUGAAUUUCUUUGGGAAUUUGAAUGAUUUGGGUGAUCGUGUCGACACUACCAGUGAUUUCCUCUCUAACCUUACAUCCCUCACAACCCCCCACCUCCGUCGCAUCACCAUCUAUAUACGUCAAGCCUCUAAUACCCCAGAAGCCGCGAUCGCAGGUAAGAUCGUGAAUAGUCGACUUGGGGAGCAUGCGAAAAGAUUGGGUGUCAGUGUGGAUGUAAAGGAGUAUCGCCCGAAUGUGGGGUAUGAUGAUGGGGGCGAAUGUUUCGACGUGACUGGGUUUAGGUUCUUCUAGAUCUUCACGCAAUGCUUGAUGACGGUAUUCUGGCAUUUAUGUCGUUCUGUUUGUUUUUGUCAUAAUCUCGAUAUGGUCAUACGAGUACUCGCUAAUAUAUGUUUCUAUAUGUGUCCCUAUUAUCCACGGGUCUCGAC